AUGCCGGCGGCAGCAGCAGCGCUCGAAACCCUCCGAAGACAGUACUUUGCCCUCGUGCCGCCGUACCUCCUGCGCGUGCCCGCGCCGGCCGAGCUGGCGAGCGCAGACGCACAGCAGUUCCUCGUGUCGCGCGUGCUCGAGAGCGACCUGCCGCCCCCGGAGGCGGGGUACCAGCGCACCUUUUGGCGGCGGGUGCUGCCGGUGCUAGAGGAGGGCGCGGUCGACGAGCGCAUCUACGAGGCUGUCGCGCAGCUCAUGGCGGCGCCUUCGAACGCCGCUGCCCCGCCAGCAUCGCACAAGACCUUCAUCUACGACCUUGCGGGCCAAGAGCGCGCAGUCACCCUGCUAGAGGAGCAGGUCGUAGUGCAGGCCGGCACGACAGGCCUGCGAACAUGGACGGCGGCGCUGUUCCUCGCGCAUUAUUUGCUGGCUGGCAACUUGGGCCCAGUGCCUGCCGCGAUCGAGCUCGGCGCCGGCACGGGGUUUCUGGCCGCUGUGCUGGCGCAGCUGGGGGCUGACGUGAUCGCUACGGACUUGGGCGAUGAGGAGGGGGAGGAGGAAGGCGAGGGGCAGCGAAGGACACCGUUGGGCCGGCUGACGGCCAACCUGGCGCUCAACAACCUCCCCUCUCCUGCGCGCGCCGCCGCGCUCGACUGGGCCGACGCGGCGCUGUCGCCCGAGGACAGACCGCCUAUCUGGGCCGAGGCGCUCGCGCCCGUCAAUGGAGCGCGGCGGACGGUCGUGGCAGCCGAUGUGAUCUACGACCCCGACCUCGUGCCGCUCCUUGCUGGGGCUAUCGACUUGCUGAUAUCCCCUGCGGGUGAAGUACCACCGCCCGUGGCUAUCAUCGCUGCUACUGUGCGCAACGAGGACACGUUUGCGCUCUUCCUCGCCGAGUGUGAAAAACGCCACCUGUCUACGCAGCUGCUCGACCUCGCGUCCAUUGACGACGCGCCGACAUUCUGGGACACAGCGCUGGAUCGUGGGACGCGCGUCCAGGUCGUGCGGAUAUCCAAGCAAUAG